GCUACUGGCUACGUAUAAAGCUGGCUGCGACACAGAGGUUUUCGAGGUGUUUACCCCCCAGGUGUCUCUUCUUCGCAUCCCGGCGUCCGGCGGCUUUGCAUCCAAACCUCCUGGAGUAGUUCGAAUUUUCGAUUUUCUUCAGUGAAAUAACAACUCGCAGCCAUGACUCUGAUUUCUGAGCCGAGCUUCAGUGCCUACUCAUGGGCCAGUCAAGGCGGCUUCGGCAACCAGACAGUGGUCGACAAGGUGCCGCCAGAGAUGCUGUACAUGGUGGAUGCCCACUGGUACCAGUUCCCACCCAUGAACCCCCUGUGGCACUCUCUAUUAGGGUUUGCCAUGGUGGUGCUAGGGUUCAUCAGUGUCAUGGGUAACGGAAUGGUUGUCUACAUCUUCUCUUGCACCAAGGGCCUGAGGUCACCCUCCAACCUCCUGGUCGUCAACCUUGCCUUCUCUGACUUUCUUAUGAUGUUCACAAUGUCGCCGCCUAUGGUUCUAAAUUGUUACUACGAAACCUGGGUUCUUGGACCUUUCAUGUGCGAGCUCUACGCCAUGUUGGGAUCCGUCUUCGGCUGCACAUCCAUCUGGACCAUGGUUAUGAUCGCCAACGACAGAUACAACGUCAUCGUCAAGGGUUUGUCUGCCAAGCCCAUGACCAUCAAGACAGCUUUGGCCAGGAUUCUGUUCUGCUGGGCUCACUCCCUCAUCUGGUGUCUCGCCCCCUUCUUGGGAUGGGGAAGGUACGUACCUGAGGGCAACAUGACUGCCUGCGGAACUGACUACCUGACCAACGACUGGCUCAGCAAGAGCUACAUCCUCGUGUACUCACUCUUCUGCUACUUCAUGCCUCUCUUCUUGAUCAUCUACUCCUACUGGUUCAUCGUGCAGGCUGUCUCAGCCCACGAGAAGAGCAUGAGGGAGCAGGCCAAGAAGAUGAACGUCGCCUCCCUGAGGUCUUCCCAGGACGCUAGCACCAGCGCUGAGCACAAGCUCGCCAAGGUGGCUCUAAUGACCAUCUCUCUGUGGUUCAUGGCAUGGACUCCAUACCUGGUGAUCAACUACGCCGGAAUCUUCCAGGCGCUGACCAUCAGCCCCAUCUUCACCAUCUGGGGAAGCGUCUUCGCUAAGGCCAACGCUUGCUACAACCCAAUCGUGUAUGCCAUCAGCCACCCCAAAUACCGGGCUGCACUCAACAAGAAGUUCCCCAGCCUGGUGUGUGGAGUGCCCGAGCCAGUGUCCAGCGAUGGAGCGUCCGUCGCCUCUGGAGCGACCACACUUACCGAGGACAAGUCUGCUGCUGCGUAAACGCUUGGCUCACCGACUCUUGCCUCUCCUCACCUUGUACAAUUAUGUUACCGGCCUUUUUCUAUAAAUAAACAUCCUAGCAAGUUA